AUGUUAUUCUGGAGCGGCGGUCUUACGUCGUUGGCGUCGCUGCUUUUGUGCCUCCUCGUGCUCGGCACAGCCGGCGUCGACGAGUCCGGUAUAGAUAAGUUGGAAGUAGCAGCAGUAGAGUCCAAACCCGAGCGGACCGCGUCAUUGGAGAUUCAAUCAUCACAGGAUAUCGAGGGUAUAGAGGCGGGCAGCACACCGACGUUAUUGUGCAAGCUUAACGUAUCGGGUCAAGUCUGGUGGAGCACUGAUGGCAGGAAUCUCAGCACUAUCAACGAUUUUAACUACAUCGGACGAUUUGAUAUAAAGAAGGCUAGCAGGAACGACACGGGCGACUAUAAAUGCUCUGCGCAGACUGCUGACGGCGAAUUCCUCGAGAAAAAUAUUCAUAUUAGAGUGAUAGAACCCGGCAAGGUAACAUCCGGUGGGAAUGUAAGGGCGAGAAUGUCGGAAGCAGCCAACUUGACAUGCCACGUACACGGUUAUCCGUUAUCUCAAUUUACUUGGUUAAAAGAGAAUAAUUCGGAGAGCAGCGAACAUCUGAAGAAUCUCACCGUCGUUACGCAGAUAAACGAGACUUACGCCGUCUUAGUCCUAGAAUUCAAGAGCCUAGCACGAAAGGACAAUGGCACGUAUGUAUGUCAGGCAAAUGACUACAACGGGAUAGUAAGCGCCUUGACGCAUUUAUUCGUCACCGAUGUGCCAAAAGUCAGCAUAGAUUUCAUGAAGGCGGUCGGGGCUGGUAGCAUAUUCCUAAAUUGGACUGUCAAUGAUGGUAACGAGCCGAUUAAGAAGUACUUCAUCCAGCAUAUGAAGAAGGGCACAGAUCAACGUCAAUACUACGCCGAACAGAUUGGUGGUGGUAAUUCAAGCUACGUUCUCAAGGGAUUUGAGAGCGGCACCGCGUACCAAAUCGGUAUUAGCGCUAUCAAUGCACUGGGCACGUCACACAUGCAAUUAGAUCCACGAUGGAUUACCACUCUUGAGAAAGAUCCAGUAUUUGUACCGAAAGUGUCUGUGAAUGGCGUGACGGAGAAUUCAAUCACAAUAGGUUGGACCGUGCCGCCACCGGAUUUGAAGGAGCAUGUACACUAUUACAAUCUAAUGGCUACUCACGCUGAUCAGAAGAGAGAAGCAGUGUAUCCCGCUCAGCCAUUCAUUGUGUAUGCGUUUGUGGAUCUCGAUCCAGCGACCAUGUACAAAUUCAAAAUAGCUGCUUGCAGCGAAUACACGAAACAAUGCGGUAAUUGGAGUGCCGAAGUAAACGGCACCACUUUAGAUGGAGUGGCCAGUCCUCCGAAAAAUCUCAUCGUUAUUUGUCGCUAUAACAAUAUAAGCAGCUUUAGUUUCAUGUCCAUCACAUGGAAACCCCCGGAGAAGCCAAAUGGCAUUAUACAGCGGUACAAUAUACAAUUGAACGGCGUAGCAAAAUUCAAGAAUGACAUGGGACGUUUGGACAUUCAUAGUUUUGAACCGCCCAGCUGGAGUGUCUAUAAUAGGAACAGCACGCAUUACAAUAAGUUACCUCCUAAUACCAAUUAUACGGUUCGGGUGCACGGAGUGACAAGAUCUCGCACUCCUGGCAAGGACGCCAUAGGAAACUGUACAACGCCAAUUACAGUUCCGGGUCGCGAUAAUAUGAACAUGCGCAGCUGGCGGAAGAUUGAAAGCCAGGGUAGGCAGUUGUUCAAACUAUAUCUACCACGCAUCUCGGAGCGGAACGGUCCAAUCUGCUGCUACCGCGUCUACCUGGUGAAACUAUCACCGCAUAAAACAGUUGGUGAUCUACCAUCACCUGAAGAGAUUGCGGUAUAUUCUUAUCAGUAUGUGCAUAAUUCACCUACCGGUGGUGCGUAUAUGGCCGAAAUAUUCGACAGCGAUCAGUUACUAACCGAGAUCUUUCUUGGUGACGGUGAGUCGUCUAAUGGUGGUGCUAUGUGCGAUAAGUGCUUCGGUUUACGACCCAAACCAGCACCACCGUUGUUACACUUUGUUCCGGAAAUCCCAUCAACUGUAACUUCAAGUAACGUAAGCAGUAUCGUUACUAGCACGACUGUAAUUACAUCGACGCCGACGACAACUAUAAGCAGCAGUGGUACUAGUACGACUACCAACCCAUCUACCACAUUAUCGACGACUACUAUUACGAAAAAUGAUUCAACUACGGCCGUACCUGUGAUUAUUAACGCCACAGAAAAAGCGGAAAGACGAAAGAGAGAAGACGCGCCGCUGCAAAAGGCAUCUGUAGAUGAAUCUGGAGAAUUCAGUGUUUUAUCGCCUUAUGAUGGUUUUCUUGAUGAAACAUCAAAUUAUACUGGUUUUAUCGAAGUUAUAGUGUACGAUAAUGAAAAGGAUCAGUUUUUACCGGCUUACAGUAGUUAUUUUAAUCCUCUUUACGGCGGAGUGGAUCCUCUCAGCGUGAUGGCCGCAGAAGCGACUACUAUCAGAGAAUUGAUAAUACAGCUCUUCAUCGCCCUGAUUUUAACUCUCACAGUUUUGUUUAUCGCACUCUGCGUGUUAUAUAGAUGUACGAAACGUGCGCAAGAAAGGGAGGAAGUUAUAACACUACGUAGUAGUUUCAGACAUCUCUGUAGGAGUCUGAGAGGCAGGCAUCAACUCGUGGCAGCGAGUCCACCGGAUAUGCCACCUGUACCUAAGACCGAGUUAUUGCAGGCGUACUUGGAACGCCAUCGGGACUCGGAUUAUGGUUUUCAGCACGAGUUUGAACUGCUACCUGAUCGAUUCACGGACCGAACGACACGCGCAUCCGAAGCACAGGAAAACCUCUAUAAAAAUCGUUACCCGGACAUCAAGUGUUACGAUCAGACGAGAGUACGUUUGGCGCAAAUGGACGGUAUCUGCGGCUCUGAUUACAUCAAUGCCAAUUUCGUUCUCGGUUACAAGGAACGCAAGAAGUUCAUUUGUGCCCAAGGCCCGAUGGAGAAUACUGUGUGCGAUUACUGGCGUAUGAUUUGGGAGCAGCAUCUUGAGUUAAUUCUCAUGCUGACAAAUCUCGAAGAAUAUUCAAAGACCAAGUGCGCUAAGUAUUGGCCGGACAAGCGCGAAACCAAAAACUUUGGUGACAUUACAGUGGAACACGUUAAAGAGCGUGCCUACUCGGACUACGUGGUGCGCGAAUUGAAGAUGACACGACUAGGCGAGCGUGACGCCCGCGCGAUCGUGCAGUACCACUUCCUUGUGUGGAAAGACUUCGUCGCCCCCGAGCAUCCACAUGCGAUUCUACGCUUUAUCAAGCGCGUCAAUGAAGCAUAUUCGCUCGAAAAGGGGCCGAUCUUGGUGCACUGCAGCGCUGGUGUGGGCCGCACUGGUACGCUCGUGGCAUUGGAUUCUUUGUUGCAACAAUUGGCCGAGGAGGGGCAGGUGUCUAUCUUCAAUACCGUGUGUGACUUACGGCAUCAGCGCAACUUUCUUGUGCAAUCACUUAAGCAAUACAUCUUCAUCUAUCGCGCGCUUAUGGAGAUGGCACAGUACGGCGACACGGAGAUUCCAGCACCCCAACUCAAAACCACUAUUGCUAAACUAAGACAACGGGACAACGGGAAGGAGAAAUGUAGGAUGGAAGAAGAAUAUGAUAAAAUCAGUUCCGUAUUAGAAGAUCGGAAAUCUUUCUCUGUCGGCGGUGGAGAUGAAAAUAAAUCAAAGAAUAGAAGCGAACUGGUGAUACCAUAUGAUAGAAAUCGCGUGAUACUCACGCCAGUUCCGGGAAAGGAACAUUCAACAUAUAUAAACGCAUCGUUCAUCGAAGGCUACGAUAACUCCGAAUCGUUUGUCAUUACGCAAGAUCCUCUGGAGAUCACUAUAGCGGAUUUCUGGCGAAUGAUCUCGGAACAAUGUAUCUCUACAAUAGUUAUGUUAUCUGACUUGAAUGAAGGCCCUCGAAAAUGUCCACGCUACUGGCCUGACGACGAAACCGAUUACGAUCAUAUAAGGGUCCGUUACAUUCAUAGUGAGAGUUGUCCAUAUUACACGCGUCGCGAGUUUUGCAUUUUGAACACGAAAACUGACGAGAGUGGAGUCAUAAAGCAGUAUCAAUAUCAUGGCUGGCCGACGGUGGAGGGUGAAGUACCUGAGGUGACGCGCGGUCUUAUUGAGUUGGUAGAUCAGACGUUGACGAACGAAACUGAGACGAGCGGCUCGUUGGUCGUGCACUGCAGCUACGGAUCAGAUCGGAGUUCUAUGUUCGUGGCACUUAGCAUACUGGUUCAGCAGCUGCGCACUGAGAAGCGUGUAGAUAUUUUCACAACGACGAAAAAAUUGCGUUCUCAGCGACAUGGCAUGAUCAGCACCUUUGCGCAAUAUGAGUUUCUUCAUCGUGCCAUCGUGAAUUACUCGGAUCUUCACAAUUUAGCCGAUGAUGAAACGGCAUCAUAAUGCUCAAAAAUUAGU